CCCCAUCUGACGCUAAUGUUCUUUUAUUAACAAGCCACAACGAGAAGACCUACCAUUGAAGGUAGCGCGGUACCUGGGUACAUACUAGCAAUUUAGUAGGGGAUCCAAUCAUACGUCAAUCGCGUCGCAGAUGUAUUUGUGUCCUUUCAAGAAAACAUUCUUAACAAGUCUACACAAGUUUAAGUCAACAUAAACAAGCCACCUUUUAAUAUUCACGAACUUCUCUAUGAAAUCCUCUGUUGAGUCCAUCGUAUAGACUCAAAUCCAAUUAUCUAUAUACCUACCUAAUCUAUAUUUACUUAUAUUUCUACGAAACCCACACUGGUUAACGUAGACACACAUACGUACACCAAUUUGUCUGAAAUACCUUCGGAGCUUUGCUCCCUCAAAAUCCAACCAUGCCGUUAAACGUCUUCCGAGUCCUGGGAGACUUCUCCCAUUUAGGGUCCAUCGGUAUCCUCUUACACAAGAUGAUCGAGCUCAAUGGCGCGUCUGGUAUCUCGUUCAAAUCCCAAGCGUUGUACUUUAUAGUUUAUAUUACUCGCUAUCUAGAUCUCUUCAGCACGUCGAGCAUCUACAACAUCAUCUUCAAGAUCCUCUUCAUCAGCAGCCAGGGCUACAUCAUCUACUUAAUGACCACCAAGUACAAGCGCACAGUCGAUCCGAGCCUCGAUACCUUCCGCGUUCAAUACCUCCUUGGUGGCGCAGCCGUCCUCGCGAUUCUCCUGCCGUAUAAGUAUACCUUUUCGGAGAUCAUGUGGGCGUUUUCCAUCUGGUUGGAAUCCGUAGCUAUCCUUCCUCAACUGUUCAUGUUGCAGAGGACCGGCGAGGCUGAGGUCAUUACGACGCACUAUCUCUUUGCGCUUGGAAUCUACCGCACUCUCUACAUCCCCAACUGGAUUUACAGGUAUUUCACCGAGCCCGACCACAAGGCUGACUGGAUCGCCAUCGUCGCCGGCCUCAUCCAGACCGUUCUCUACAGCGACUUCUUCUGGAUCUACUACAACAAGGUGCUCAAGGGCAGGAAGUUCAAGCUGCCUGUAUAAGCGCUCUGGGCGCAUCUUGAUCUCCACCAUCGUGGAUGAAUAACGAACGACUGUGAUGUCACUGUGGCCCGUGCAGUUCUGCGUCCGCAAGAUAUCCACAGAUAUAGCUCACAGAUGACGCUAGCCCUAGGCGAAGACCGCCCACGUUUUAACGGGCAUGAGGUUGAGGAGGGUGGCACGGAUGAUGAUGUCUCGGUAUUAGAACCCGUCUUCACGGCGUGUCGGUGUGCAUGGCUGGCGUUAGGUUAGGCGGGGCGGUUGACGGUUUCUCGGCCUCAAAAGUGCUUGGCCGUAGGGAGUCUUGCUCUAGGCACGAUCUUCUUAACUGUAUAUAAAACUUGCGUUCUCGGGAGGUAAUGAAAAGUAUCGAACCAGACACACUGGUUUCUAAAUGAUGCGGUUUCACACGUUUGGCAUUGAAUCAUACCUUUAAGCCCCUUUUAAAGACAGAUUUGUCGACAACUUAUGACCCGACGAAAAUGAGCAUGGCAAGGUU